GAUUUAUACAGGAUCUACCUGGUGAUGUGACAUCCGUUGGUCUUUAUAAGUGUUCGAGUACAUCUACAACUACUGGUAUUUCAACAUCGGCAGAUGUAACAAUUCUCUCAAAAGACAGACAUUUUCAACCAACUGACGGCCGUCUCACGAAAACGAUUUAUCCAGGUGACGACAUCAUACUUUCAGUUUCUACCAUGGAUACGUACACAGCUGGAGAAGAUGAAAUCCGAUGGAGGACCUUCUCAAACCUCGCUGAAGGAUCUUUGUCUCCAGAGGGAGACCGGACUCUGACCUAUACCAUUCGAUCGGCGACGAAGAGAAAUGCUGAUAUCUACGGAAUGGUUCAAAACGGCAUGGUUGAAAAUCUAAUGUACAGCUUGAUUCGCGUCAUUGUCAGUGAUUGUCCGAGUGGCCGAUGGAACAUCCCACCCUGUGAUCGUCUGUGUGAUAAUUGCUACAAUGGAGGGAUUUGUCAUCCUCAAUCAGGAACCUGUAUCUGUCCUCCAGGAUUCAUGGGCAAAAACUGUCUGACUGCAUGCGAUGAAAAUCGUUUUGGAUGGGAGUGUGAACUUGAAUGUGGUGCUGGGAAUGCUCUAGAAGCCUGCAGUGGAAGCCAGGUGUGUCUACCCGAUCCAUAUGGAUGCAACUGCCUGGCUGGUUUUACAGGAAUAAACUGCGACGAACAAUGCUUUCCGGGUAAGUUUGGUGUUGACUGCUUUCAAGAUUGCCACUGUGUAGGAGGCAUGCCAUGUGACGCCUUCACGGGAAGAUGUGAGGGAGACUGUGAGGAUGGAUGGUCAGGAGAAGGGUGUCAAGUUCCCUCUGUCUGUCCAGUCGGAUAUAUUGGAAUAAGUUGUACAGAGUUAUGUAACUGUCCAGAGGACUCGGAAUGUGAGAAGGACUCUGGUUUCUGUACAUCAUCGGGAGGACAAUGUGAGAUUGGCUAUGUUGCUGACUCUCCACAGAGACCAGAUGGAUGUGUCACAUUUGCUGGAUGUUUCGAGUCUUGUUCUAAGACAUGCCACUGUGCUGGUGGUGUUGAGGACUGCAACCAGGAGACCGGGAUGUGCUCCCAAGGUACAUGCCAUCCACGAUGGACGGGAGACAAAUGUCAAACUGAUCGCUUUAGCAUUUCCCGAGCAAAAACCAACCCAGGUGUUGCGAUGUUUUUCUGCACAUUUUCUACCGACACAAGUGGCAACAUCCCUUCAAUUAAGGCUACUGUGGGGGAUUUCUCAAUGGAAAAUUGGGAAAACGCACAGGCCGCAAAUACUGCUACUGAUCAGUCUUCAUUACAAUCAUACUUUUCGUUUUCCAUAAAUGUCAAUGGAAAUCAACCCAUCUACUGUUUUGUUGGCACAUCAACAAGUGACAUUGGAUUUGCUUUUAUCAGGUUGCCACUGCCUGAAACAUUCGUUCUCCCGGUCUUCAAUAAGGCGCCUGAGGUAGCAGAACUAGGUUUCAACUAUGUCAUCAUUGCUUGGGAUUCUUGGAAUGGUAACGUUGAUGUUGGUGAGGGUCCUAUCAUUGGGUACAAGGUCUACGUUACUGAUUCAGAUAGGAACGAAAGAAACACCUUCAUAGCUUCAUCAGGUGCUCUGAUGGAAAUGGAAUCAUCAGGGAUUGCGUCUUCAAGGAAGAGAAGACAAGGAGAUGAAGGGCUACUGAUGUACAACGUAACUGGUCUGGAUGAUGGUCAAGCAUAUGAGAUUCAAAUUUCAGCAGUUCGUGAGGGAGUUAACGGUGAAGGGGAGAAAGGACCUGCUCUGAGUAUUACAACCAUAAAGCUAGGUGAGUCCUUGGUGUUCCCCAUUUGCUCCGCCGAUCGGAAUGUAUUUCGUCGAAAAUAUAGGAUCUGA